UCUCUCUCUCUCUCUCUCUCUCUCUCUCGUUCGCGACCGAAGAAGCGAAAGGCGACGAUUCAACCGAUCGUCUCAUUCCGGUUGAAUCUGCCGGAGUGAAUCAACUCCGGACGUCGUUCUCGGUAGCUGAUCAACUCCAGAGAUUGGUUUGGUGUGCGGCGGGUUGGGUUUCUUAACUCGUUGACGAAGAAGAAUUGGGAUCGGGUAGAAGUUUCCAAUCGAAUCUUGCUCAAGUUCAUGCGUUAGAAAUCAGAGGCUUGGGAGCACAAAUCGGCAAUAGAAGGCGCCACCUUUUUUUGACUCUCCAUCACCAAGUAUUAGACUUGGUGAAAGUGAAGAAGUUGUCUUCACCAGUGAAUGGUCUCAGCCAACGGCUCAAGCUCAAAACCUGGCUGCUAAGGCUGCACCAAGAAAGAGGAUUGCUUGGACAAGCAAAGAAGACAUAGUUUUAAUCUCGGCAUGGCUCAACACCAGCAAGGACGCCAUUGUUGGAAAUGAACAAAGGGGAGCAGCCUUCUGGAAGAGGAUUGCAGCUUAUGUGGCUGCAAGUCCCAAGGUGGCUGGUCUGAAGCAGAGAGAGGCUGAUCAUUUCAAACAAAGGUGGUGCAAGAUAAAUGAGUCAGUUUCCAAAUUCGUAGGAUCUUACCAAGCUGCAACAAGUAUGAAUAGUAGUGGGAUGAAUGAUGAUGAUUUGAUAAAGAAAGCUCACCUCAUCUAUGAGGGUGACUACAAGAAAAAAUUCACCAUGGAGCAUGCAUGGAGAGAACUCAGAUACGAUCAGAAGUGGUGUUCAGUGGUAGCUUCUAAAGGAGACGAGAAGAACAAAAGAAGGAAGCUAGAUUCAUCCUCUAUGCCAUGUUCUGAAGAUGGUGGAGACUCUCAAGCUCAAGGAGAGUCUCAAACUCAAGGAGAAUCACAAGCUCCUCAAGCCAGACCACAAGGAGUUAAGGCUGCCAAGGCUGCAGCCAAGGCUAGUGCCAAGAAGAGUGUCACUAGUUCAGUGACUGCUGAAGGAGGUUUGGAGAGAUUGGAAAGGAUGAAGACGAUGUGGGAGCUAAAGGAAAAGGAUUUUGCAUUGAAGCAACAAGAGCAUGAGUUCAAUGAUAAAAUCUCAAACAAGAAAUUGCUAGACACUAUUUUAGCUAAAUCCGGUCCUCUAUCUCAGAUAGAGGAAGACCUUAAAACAAAGCUAAUUAGUCUGUGUUUCUUUUGAAUCUCUGGUGGAGAACAAUGUUGUCUAAUGUUAGUUGCAGUUUGGUAGUGUCUGUGUUAUGUUAGUUUCAGUUUGGUAGUGUAUGUGUUAUGUUAGUAUCAGUAUUAGUAGUGUCUGUGUUAUGUUUGUUUCAGUUUGGUAGUGUCUGUGUUAUGAUCAUUUCAGUUUGGUAGUGUCUGUGUUAUGAUCAUUGUCUGUUCUUUAAUCAAAGUAUGGUUCACGUGAAUGAUUGUGGUCA